GGCCGAGGAGGCGGCGCCGCGGCCCCGGCUUCGCCUAUAGCCGAGCGCCGGGGUUGCGAUCCGGCCUUGCUUGGUGCGCCGCUGCCGCUGCCGAGACACGCGCUUCGGGCCGCCGCCGCGAUGGACCUGCGGAUCCUGGAGCCCCGCGUGCGGGUGCUGAGCCUGGCUCGCAGCGGCCUCUGGCUCUACACGCACCCGCUGCUCAAGAUGCUGCUGCUGCCCCAGCGAAGCAGGUGCAAAUUCUUCAGCUUGACAGAGACUCCUGAAGACUAUACGAUCAUGCUGGAUGAAGAAGGCUUUAAAGAGCUGCCCCCGUCUGAGUUCCUGCAAGUCGUCGAUUCCACCUGGCUGGUGCUCAAUGUCUCAUCCAACGGCAGCGCUUCCGCUAACCUCCAGCCUAUUGGGGUCACCAAGAUCGCUAAGUCGGUCAUCGCACCACUGGCAGAGCACAACGUCUCGGUGCUAAUGCUCUCCACCUAUCAGACAGACUUCAUCCUGGUGCGGGAGAAGGACCUCCCUGUCGUGAUCCACACCCUGGAAGGCGAAUUUGAUAUUUACAAGGAGGUGAACGGGGAGCCGGUCCCCGCAAGCUGCGACGACACAACCAACGGGUUCCUCAAGCCAAAGCAAGACGUGAACCCCACUGUCCACCCUGUGCAGAGCCCCCAAAACAGGUUCUGUAUCCUGAGCAUCUCUCCAGACUCCUUGCCCGCCAUCGCCACAAUCCUCAUUGAUGUCCUGUUCUACUCACACAGCCCCUCAAAGGAAGCUGCUUCAGCCAGCCAGGACCUCGACUCCAUUACUUUCUUUGCCUUUUCGCUGAUUGAGGGGUACAUCUCCAUCGUCAUGGAUACCGAGACCAAGAAGAAGUUCCCCAGUGACCUCCUGCUGACCAGCUCCUCAGGGGAGCUCUGGAGGAUGGUGAGGAUUGGGGGCCAGCCCCUCGGCUUCGACGAAUGUGGGAUUGUGGCUCAGAUUGCCAAACCUCUCGCCGAUGCAGACAUCUCUGCGUAUUACAUUAGCACCUUCAACUUUGACCAUGCCCUGGUUCCAGAGGAUGGCAUUGAUAACGUCACCCAAGUGCUUCAGACACGGCAGGAGAGUGGGAGAUAGCCCCUUGGCUCAGUAUGCACGCCGAUUUCUGCUGCACCUGAUACCUGGUGUUCCCUGGAGCAAGGUGGAAGCCGCUUGCCCUGAGUGUGAGCCGAGCUGUCCUUUUUUCACAGUGUUUUCUUGGAAACGUGGAGCGACUGGUGCAUCUCCCUCCAGCUGGAGGAGAGCUGUGUUGUUCCUUUGCUCCCAGGAAGGGAGCCCCAACCUGUGCCUUAUCUAGACACUCUCCAGAACCCGGUGAAUCCGUUCCGAUUGCCUGCGUCAGACUUUACUAUUCUCCAAACCCCUCUCUAGCCUUCCGGCCCUAUCGUUCGGUCCUGGGCCUAGCUGUAUCUAGAGCCAAGGAGGAAGAUUCCUGCUCCUGAUGUGCUUCUGGAGAAUCUCUCUCUCUCUCUCU